AUGUUCGCAAAGGUUUCUCAAUAUAAUCAGCAGAAUGUCGUAUUGGAGAUCGACUUCUCUGGAUUAUUCUUCGGGUAUACCGAAUUGACGAUCGUACCCACGAGCAAGGAUUUGAAAACGAUAUAUCUGCACUCGCGACAAUGCACCAUAACUUCUAUACAAGUUGGUGGAUACAAUGUGCAAGAUUGGAUCUAUCAUGACCCGCUUUCGAACGUUGUUAUGUCGGAUAUUACCGACUGUCACCGACAUCCGGAGGUCAAACGAAAGAUGUAUUCAUCGCUUGCGGAGUGCGACGAAGGAGAGCUUGCUAUUCCGAUUCCGAGGCAGGUACCAAUAAGAAGUUCCGGACAGGUGGCGGGCAUGCUGAACGGCGAUACUGGGAUGCUAGGGCCACAGUCUCCAGCCCAUGCCAUCCCUCUGACUCAGCAAGCCUCAUCAGAGUUUGCACCUAUUCAAGUUCGCAUCAGCUACUGUUUGAAAAAUCCCGUUGAAGGGAUUCAAUUCAUUUUGCCUAGUGAUGCGUAUCCUUAUCGUGUCCCGCACAUGUAUACGACCUCUUCAUCGCCUGACGCAGCGAGGUGCUGGAUUCCCUGCCUCGAUAGUCUUUGGGAAAGGUGUAUAUGGGAUUUCAAGUUUAUUGUACCAAAGACACUGGAAGGCACAACGGAUGACAUGGACGUGGAUAAUGACGACCUGAAUGUUACUCCAACAGUCGUUCUCGCCCAUCCGAAUAAUGCCAAUAAAGUGAUAUAUCACUUUAAACAGGAUGUCCCAACUUCCGUUCAGCACGUUGCUUUCGCUGCAGGGCCUUUCUGUCACCAUCAGAUACAGCUUGGACAAGAACAACGGAGUGGCCAUGCUGAAGAAACUGUCAAUUCUCAGAUUCGUGUAGAUACGUUCUGCCUACCUGGGUACGAAUCUUCCCUGUCCAAUAUGGCGUCAUUCGUGCGGUCAAGCUUGAAUUCCUACAUCACUGAUUGUGGAUCAUAUCCCUUUGGCUCGUACACAUUACUAUUCGUGGAUGAGCUAUUGUCGCAGCGAGUUGAUAGUGCAUCCUUGACGAUCGUUUCGUCUGAUUUACUUCACGGGGACGACGCCAUAGAUCAAGUCUACGAAUCACGUCAGGUUCUCUUGCAUGGCCUUGCCUGUCAGUGGGUAGGAAUUAGCAUUAUUCCGAAGACUUGGUCGGACCUAUGGCUUGUGAAUGGGUUGGGCCUCUAUAUUGCAGGCCUUUGCUUUAAGAAGCAUAUGGGUAACAACGAAUACCGGUUUCGCCUGAAGAAGGACGUAGAGCGAGUAUUGGAACUUGAUAAUGGAACUAUGCCUCCAAUCUGUCAACCAGGAAGUAUGGAGCCUCCUGAUGCAUCGACACUUGCUUUCAUCAAUUUGAAAGCCCCUCUUGUGCUACAUAUCCUCGAUAGACGCCUUGGAAAAUCCGGAACAUCUCUUGGCCUGUCCCGCGUCUUGCCAAAGAUUUUCCUUUCGGCUACCGCUGGCGAUAUGGCACAGAAUUGUUUAUCAACGCAUUUCUUUUUGCGGACAUGUAGGAAGGUCAGCGGCGUUGACUUGCGUUCGUUCGUUGAUCAGUGGAUACACGGCAGUGGAUGCCCUCAGUUUAGCUUCCUUGCUACGUUCAAUCGGAAGAAGAUGGCUGUCGAGAUUCAGAUGCGCCAAGAGUGUCCGGCGUACGCAAUUCAUCAGAACGACCCGAUAUCGAACUCGUUACUGAAGCCAGUUCCAUUCUUUGAGGGCCAGAUGACCGUUCGGAUCCACGAAGCUGACGGAACGCCUUAUGAACACGUGCUCGACAUCCUUUCGCCGAUCAAGCGCUUUGAAGUGCCAUUCAAUACAAAAUACAAACGGGUGAGGCGAAAUACCAAACGGUAUCUUGCACGUCAGGCAGCGGCGCAAGCGGCUGCGGAAGGUGAUACUGAGGCUGCUGAGGCCAUGGGGAUGGUCGACAUGAGCUUUGGCCUGGAAAUUUGGGAGAAUGAGGAGGAGCGCGAGAAAUGGAAGGUAACAGACUGGACAGAGGAAGAAGAGCAGGCAAUGGCAGGCGCUACGUAUGAAUGGAUCAGGAUGGAUGCAGAUUUUGAGUGGAUCGCACGAAUACAGUUUGAACAACCGGAUUAUAUGUGGGUUUCCCAGCUUCAAAGAGACCGAGAUGUAGUUGCACAGGUGGAGGCUGUACAUGCACUAGCUCGGCAGCCGACCCCUAUCGUAUCUAGUACAUUAACGAAAACGGUCCUGGUGACGAACUACUUCUUCCGCGUUAGGUGUGAAGCAGCUUUGGCGCUUGUCAAUUGCGCUUCUCGUAGGCUCGACUUCGUUGGGUUGUUCCACUUAUUCAAACUAUUUCUGCGAUACUGCUACGAGCCUGAGGACUCUAGCCAAGAUUUGUUUUCCCACAAAUUCGUUCCUCGCCCUAACGAUUUUUCCGAUGUUGCGGAGUAUUUCGCUCUCGUCAAUGCUAUUUCUCAAGUGCGAUUUGAGAACGGCAAGACUCCACCUGAAAUUCGACAAUUUUUUAUUGACCAGCUCCGAUACAACGACAAUACCACUAAUGCUUAUUCUGAUGCAUACUACAUUGCCUCCCUCAUAACUGCGCUGGCUUGUGCAACCAUCUCAACAGCUCCUCCUGAGCGAGGAGAGCUCACCAUGUCCGUACCAAAGAACGAUAUAACCGGAGAGGAUCAUCAAUUACUGCAAGCCGCUAUUACAGAAGUUGACCGGUAUCGAAGCAUGGACCGACUCAUUCCAUCGGUGCACAAUGUAGUCACUAUCGCUUCGCUUGAAUUCCACAUCAUGCUUGCUAUGGCAAAUCUCAUUCCGAGCGAUCCGAAAAUUUUCCUACUCUGCACUCGGGAGGGUAAUGCGACUCAAGUUCGCCUUGCCGGUUUUGAUGGAUUGUUCCUUACGAAGUGGUAUACACCGAAGAUCAUGACUUAUAUCUUUGCGGUCAUUGCAAAUGAUUCAUCGCGAGCAGUUCGACGACAAGUUGCCCGUAAUAUGUGCGAGAGUUUGGCCUUACUUGCGUCAAUUGGCGAGAUCAAAGCUCCUGCAAAAGAGACAGAGUCUCUUCUUAUUGAGGAAGACGGCACUGCGCCAGAUAAAGCGAAGGAGAGCAAGAAAUCAGAGGUGGACCUUAUGAUUCGCGCUCUGCGAAAAGAUAGGGAAGUUGGAAAGAGCGACAUAUUGCGAACAUGUGUCAUGCCCGUUAUACUCGACCCGCAAGCUGAUCUCGAUGUGCGACUUUGUAUGCUCAAGCUCGCAGAUUUAGUUGUCCGAGGGGCAGAUGAACCUCUACCGAAGAAUACCAUCCAUCUACCUCCGACUCCAGUUACUGAAUCUCCCCCUGUCGUUCCGAUGCAGACUCCGAGCAGUAUCAAGAUUGCUCCUAAAGUCUCAAAGCCUCAGAUAAAGAUUGGGCAGCGGAAACAGAGUUUGGCCACGCCAUCUACGCCAACUCCAUCUACGUCCCAUGCUCCUUCGAAGUUGCGCUUGGCACCGUCUGGUUCUACUAUGCCUCCCGCCUCUGUCGAUACGGAGAAUAUCGCACCAGCUGCAGAAUCAAGGUUCAAAGAGCCGCUUCCCCCGCUUCUACCAUCCAAAGCAGCUCCAGGUUCGAAGAAGAAAGACAAGCCUAUCCCGAAGUCUCAAUCUGGUGGAAUGAGCAUACAGGAUGUUAAAGCUUGUCAAGCUGCAUUAAAGCGGCUUAACACCUGUAAAGCCGCAUUUCUCUUCUUGCAGCCUGUCGAUCCUAUUCGAGACAAAGCCCCUGAUUACUUCGAUGUCAUUAAAAAUCCAAUGGACCUACAGACAAUGGGCCACAAGUUGCAGAAUGGGAUGUACAAAAAUCGACAGGAUCUUGAGUCAGACUUUCGGUUGAUGAUCCGGAAUUGCCGUACAUAUAACCCGCAGGGGUCAUAUGCUUACAAUGAGUCUGUUGCUCUUGAGACUUUCUUUGAUAAAGUCUGGACAAAGAUAAAUGCUACUGUGACGUCAGCAGAAAAGGCUGCUCCUAAGUUCGAAGCUGCUGCGAAGCCCUCGAUACCUCCAGCUCCCGCGCCUGUUGAAGAUACGAAUGUUAUAGCCCCAGAGCCCACUUCAUCUGCACCUAAGUUGAAACUGAAGCUUGGUCCAAGCCAACCAGCGGCGAACACAGAGGCUUCCAAAGCGGGACCGCUUAAGGCUAAGCACCCUCCGAAGCCUCGUAAACCAAAGACGGUUGAAAAGGCGACUGACAUGCCUCCGCCCCCAUACAUUGAUGACGGGUCUCACGAUCUACUACAAGAAGUCAUUGCGAUGGAGGAACUUGAAAAAUCACCAACCAAAUCGUCGAGUCUGAAAUCGCGUAAAGUCGUCGAAUUGGAUGCAGAUGAAGAGCUUCUGCGACUUGCAAGCCCCGAACCAAAGGUUGUACCCGAGCACUCGAGUGUGGUCGAGAAGCAUCAUUCUCCAGCGGCACAUUCAACCCACUUGCCCAUAUCCUCACCGAAACCUGCCCCGACUCCAGUAAAGCCAAAGAAACUGACGGAGAGACCCGUGCAGCCUUCCAAAUCUGUCAAGGGAAAAGAGAAGGAGGCAGAUAUGGUUCCUCCCGCACCUUCUUCGCAAGCCUCUUCAGUAGCUCCUUACAGGCCGAAAAAAUCUCGUUCUGCGACGCCCAUGGCAACGACGAGUACCACGGUACCGAUCAACGAAGCCAAAUGCCGCGAUCUUUUGAGGAUUCUCGUAGGUUUACCUCAGUCAUUCUUCUUCAGGGAACCUGUGGACCCAAUACGAGACGGCUGCCCAACUUAUUAUGACGAAAUCAAGAAUCCCAUGGACUUCGCAACGAUUAGCGGUCGCCUCAAAAAGGGUCAUUACUCUACUAUGGAAGAAUUCGGUAGCGAUAUCGAACUCAUAUUCGCGAAUUGCCGCCAAUUUAAUCCACCAGGCACGCUCCCUGUGAUAAAUGCAGAGUCUGUCGAAAAGGUGUUUAGGAGAGAAUGGCCGAAAGCUGUGGAGAAAAGGCUAUCUUUCAAGGAGAAGCGGGGUCUCAUGAGCGCUAUGACGAAGCUCAUGAACGAUGUCGCGUGGUUUGCCUUUUGGGAACCCGUCGACCCCGUUGCACUGCAGAUUCCGGACUAUCACGAUGUCAUUCCGAAACGUGAUGCGAGGGACCUUCGAACAAUUCGUAGCAAGCUUGAGACGGACAAGUACGAUUCGAUUGAAGCCUGGGAAGCGGACAUGAAUCUGAUGGUUGAUAAUGCAAUCAAAUUCAACGGGCUCGAGAGUGAAGUGGGUCAGACUGCCGUUCGCAUGAGGGAUAAGAUUCGCGAAGAGUCAGCACGAGUGCGGACUCAGAAGAAGCGUCCUGCGACGGGUGAUCUACGAGAAAAUUCAGAUCAGGGUAACGCGAAGAAAGCGAAGCUGAGCUAG